AUGCGACCCGUGAAAAAAACUAUCAACGUCGUUUCCACAGACGCAAAGCGAAAGAACUUGCCCUCAACUGUUUACCAACAUUCUGGGAUCCAAUCCGUAACUGUUUGUUUCAACGAAGUUGAAUCUUUUCUCGAAACUUUUCUCUCGAUUCCCUUCGCAGAGUACCAUCAAUUCUCCAUCAGAGAGUGGUUUCAGCUGAUUUUUGUGAUCGUGACUGCAUCGAGAGUCUGCAUUGCGAAUGGUGCAGCCGGCGAUCUCGACGUUGCUGCAUUCCAAGCCCGAUCGCGCAUGAAAAUGUUGAUUUAUCUCGAAAGCCUCACCCAACGAAUGGGAACACUUUCGGUCCCAACGGCCGGAUGUCCGGACGUCUUCUAUAUGUUUGCAGCAGUACUUAAGAUUUUAAUACCGCUAUAUGCCCCGAGAGCAGACAGUAUCGGUGACCAACUGUCCAGUGGAUACGAGAACGAUCCCACAAGCUCUUCCUACCAGACCGAGGAUACUAUCUCAGCAGCCGGGACUUCUUUGAGUCGUUGCCCGGUUGCCAGUGGGAGUAUCAAGGAGACUGACUUCUGGAGAGAGCUGGACCACACCGAAUCCUUCGGCGAUUUCAAUCCCACUGAUGCGCAAGCAACUCAUCCAGGAGACUUAGGGUUAAGUUACAUUCCUCCGCCAUCCCCCGGCUGGGCGAGUAUAUUCUCCGAAUGGGUUAUGGACUUUAACUUGCUAGAGUGA